AUGGAAACUGUUUUUGAGGAAAUAUCACCUGAAAGUUACCCUGAAUACUCAAAUCCUGUUCAGGAGAUGCAGGACGACAGUCAAAUGGAGUGUCUUGUCUCGCCAGGUCUUGCGCCUGAGAGUCAGGCAGGAAUGCUACAUUCAUUGCUUGAAAGUUCUUCUUCUUGUCAAAAGAAUUACGAUGAAUGCAGUGAAGUUGAGCAGCUCAGAAAGAAAAAUGCCCUACUGUGCACCAAUUUGAAGAAUUUGAAAAGAAAACACAAAAAUGCGUUGCAGAUUCUUCGAAGAAAAACCAAAAAGAUUCGAGAACUCCAGGAUCUUUUGAAGUCGAAAGAUAAGGAGCUAUCCAACGCGAUUAAAAAAAAAUCCCUUGAUAAGAUUCCACCAGGCUUGAAAGCUCUCUUCGAUAGGAUAAUCAGCAAAACGGAAUGUGAGAAUUCCUCAACAAAGAAAUACACCGAAGAGCUGAAGCGUUUUGCUCUUGAAAUGGAUUUUUUAUCUCCAAAAGCAUAUAGAUUCUUGAGAAGCGAAAGUGGUGACAAUCUGCCUCAUGCGAGAACAAUGGGAAAAUGGUUGCAAAAUAUUGAUUGUGAUCCAGGAAUCACGAAAGAAUCUCUUGAGCUUUUACUAGCAUAUACAUCGAAGGAGAAAGAACAACACAGAACAGUUAUUUGCCAGCUUGUAUUUGACGAAGUGUACAUUUUCAAACACCUUCAAAACAUUGGUGAAAAGUCCUACGGUGUUUCUGUACUGGGAGAAGGACAAGCCACACAGAUAUUAACAUUUAUGUUAGUAUCCGUUGAUUUACAAUGGAAAUUGCCCGUAGCAUAUUUUCCAUUUUAUAAGAUGCAGGCUCCCCAGAAAGCCGGGAUUAUCGAAAAAGUCAUUCACAGCGUACAACAAACUGGAGUGAUUAUAAAUGGCAUUACAUUUGAUGGCGCCAAGAUCAAUUUUAAGGCAAUAAGAAUAAUGGGCUGUGACCUCAGUAAAAGCCUCGAUAAUUAUGCCGUAACCGAAGGCUUGGGAUCAGAAAUUUUUAUCUAUCCCGAUCCGGUACAUAUGCUGAAAUUGGUGCGCAACACCUUUUCAGAAUAUGAUUUGUACGACAACGAGGACAGAAUUAUAAGCUUCCGCUUCAUCAAAUCACUAGUGGAUCUCCAAGAAUCUGAAGGGGUGAAGCUCAAUAACCACCUACGAACAGAACAUGUCCAGUUCAAAAACAAGAUUAUGAACAAUAAUCAAACUCAAGAAAAAUUCACCACUGAAGAAGAAGUAGAAAUAGAGAUAAAGGAAAAUCUGAAGAAAAAGAGUGUCACGGAUGAAGAUUUGCUUGCGAUUUCUGAAAUUAUGAAGAAUUUCAGUACCACAACUGAACUUUCACUGGAAUUACAAGCCGACGUUAUUGUGACUAAAAUCAAAGGAAAAGUUUUCUGUGAAGGCUGUGUGUCUGAGCUCACGCAGACAAAUAAUGCAAAUGAAGAGCAUGCCUCAGAUUUGAUUUUGGCAUUAACAAAACACUGUGAAGCUUAUAUGAGGCAAUGCAUAGAAGGCAUAGAAGUAAUGGGAGAAGUUGAAUUUCAUAAAUCAAUGGAAGUUGAGGAAAUGGUCAACACACUUCUGUUCACAUUCAAGGAUUAUGCAUUUGAGAACAGCCUCACGCAUCUGACAGAUAGCAUUGACCAUUACGUGAAUUUGCUUUCUGUCUACAUAACAACUUACGCAAAAGUAAGAAUGCGUCAAAGAGAAAAUAAGAUCAAUGAGAAGUUGAGCAAUCGCAACAAAUUGCACAGAUUGACUCAUUUUAAGAAUAUGUAG